GAACCAUAGACUAGAAUCGAAGAAGCGCAGCCAAAUAAAAUGCUUAACAAUCUCACAUUCUAAGAUUCAUUAUCUCUCAAUCCUCCUUCUCUCUAGAUUUUCUCCUGAAAAAUCUCUCUUUCCAUCUUUUUCCUCUGCAUCAGCCUAACCGAAAAUGGCGAAUGCAGCGUCUGGUAUGGCUGUUCAUGAUGAAUGUAAGUUGAAGUUUAUGGAACUGAAGACGAAAAGGGCACACCGAUUCAUUGUUUAUAAGAUAGAGGAGAAGCAGAAACAAGUGAUUGUCGAAAAGGUUGGUGAGCCAGCGCAAGGGUACGAGGAUUUCACUGCCAGUCUUCCUGAAAACGAGUGUCGUUAUGCUGUCUAUGAUUUCGAUUUCAUGACUCCAGAGAAUGUCCCAAAAAGUAGGAUCUUUUUCAUUGCAUGGUCGCCUGAUACAUCGAGGGUGAGAAACAAGAUGAUCUAUGCUAGCUCAAAGGACAGAUUCAAGAGGGAACUUGAUGGAAUUCAAAUAGAACUGCAAGCUACAGAUUCAUCCGAGAUGGAUCUUGACGUGAUUAAGAGCCGUGCCAACUGAAGAUGCAAGAGGAUAAUUCCUCAAAUGUAAGGUGUUUCAUUGCUUGAAAUGUCUAUAGUUUUAUGGGCUUGUUAUAUUUAUUUUUGAAGAAUGAUUGUUGUUUUCAGAAUGUUAUAUGCCUGAUGUUGCUGCUGCCUAUAUGGGUAUUAUUUGUAGCACUGAUUAUUACUACUUGUAGUCUCUUUGUCUACAAGCUAUACUUUAUAUAAGAGUUUGUGUUGUGGGGCUUAUGCCA